UGUAUACAUGUACUAACGAUUAAAAGUGUACUUUAUGUUUCUAUUUAUAACAUAAUAUGAUACUAUGAAUCUAAGCGUUUAAACUAGUCGUUAACAUAAUCGUCUGAAAUGGAUGAUUUUGGAAUUAAGACUGAGCCAGUAGAAAAGGAAAGUGUCUUGAAAAUAAAAGCUGAACCAGAUGAGAAGGAAAUAACUUCAAAUGAAAAUGAUUUAUGUGAACCUUGUAGAAGUGAAAAUAAUGUGGCAAAAGCGGAUGGAAUAUGUAAAGAAUGUGAUGAUUUAAUGUGUAACACGUGUUUCCGGCAUCACCUUAAGGCAAAACAGUGCAGACAUCACGAGUUGAUUUAUGCAAACAUGCAGACCAUUUCAACAGAAAAAGAAAAGGUGGAGAAAUGCAAAUAUCAUGGCGGUGAGACAAUUAAAUUUUAUUGCAAGAAACAUGAAACGGUUGGGUGUGGUGAUUGUAUGGUUCUUGGUCACAGUACAUGCGAUCCGGAAUAUAUAAAUGCUUUAUCAACAGAUUUCAAAGAAAACGAAACCUUCAAGUGUUUACUGUCGAAGCUUGCAAUACUAGCUGAUACAGUCAAAGAAAGUGAAACCUUUCUUCACGAUGACAAGGCAAGUAAUGAACUAUGGCAUGAAAAAGCUCUGGAAGAAAUAAGAAAAUUUAGAAAGGACAUUGAUGACUAUCUUGACACAGCAGAAACAGUCAUUAUGUCAGAAGUAGAUCAGUUACGAAACAACAACUGCAAAUAUUUGAUAAAGCUUGAGGAAAAUUGCAAGGCUCUUUUGUCAAAAACUGAACGAUUGAAAGAGAAAUUAGACACGGAUCUGUACGACGGAAAUGCACUUUUUAUUCACGCAGUUAAAUGCAAGCUAUAUAUCCCGUCGUUAGAAAAGGCAGUUUCCAAAUUACAGUCCAAAGAAGAAAUAAAAAAGUUUGAAUUUGUCUCUGACAGACACCUUUCAACUGUAAUUGCAUCUGCCAAAAAGCUGGGACAUUUCAACCUUUCAAAACGCACGACAUCUGAACAUCAAACGCCCUCUGCGCUGUCUGGUGAUAUCAGUAUACAACCAGAAGACAAUUUGGAAUGCAUGUAUGAAGAAAUGGAAGGCAGGAAAAGGAGGAAACGAGGUACUGGCGUUGACAGUGCACGAGUUGGUGCUCGUGUUCGCCCAGGACCUUGCUUUACCUACGACUGGGAUCAUCGCAAUAAGCCUGGUACUGUGACGUCAGUUGAACCAGAUGGCACUGUCACUGUGAAGUGGGAUGCUACGGGAAAGUCUUGGUCAGGCUACCGUGUAGGGGCAGUGUGGAAUGGAGUCGAACUCAUCUAAAUUCUUAUAGAUUGUUGAUUACAGGUCUUCUGCUUCUCUUGUAAUCGCCAUUGGCUACAUGGUUGUUAAAUACAAAACACCAUCAAACAGUUUAAUCUUUUUUCUUGACAGUAUUGUUUUGUUUUUGCACUUCAAACUGCAUUAACUGUUGAUGCGAAACAUUUGAUUGACAGUCAAUACAUUCUUUUAUGACAGUAUUUUGAGUUGAAAACACUUUGAUAAUACAACUAUCC